AUGGAGAGUGAGAACGAGGAAGGAAUUGAGACAUUGUCGGCCUCUGGCUUCCGUUCGAAGGUGCAGGAGACACCUACAGGAAAGCUGGAUUUCCGAACAUAUGGAUGCGACGGGCAGGUAUCAUUGAUUUCGCCGCCUGAUUCAGGCUCGAACCGCAAAUUCGGCUCAAAGGUCUUCUCGCACGAGCAAUCAACUUUCGACCCCUCUCCAUCUACCUCGUUCGCCAGUAUCCCGCGCCCAAGUAUCUCGACGACUUCGGGCCAUCAGAAUCCGUCACAAUGGGAACUGCGCUCCCGCUCAUCGAGUCCGUCAUCUCUUCUGAACAGUCAAACCAACAGAAGUCGAGAACAAAGAAAGUCGAAGUUCCUAGAUCGCAUUCGGCGGAGAAGAGACGACGACAGAUCCGAACAGGUCGGCGAGCAGGUGUUGCGAAUGGAUUUUGUCAAAGAGAGGAGGGUCUGGGAGAGAGAAAUGGCACGCAGAGCUGCAAUGGAGGCUGCUCAAGAAGAGGAGGUGGAGAGCGAAGAUGACGAUGACGACGAUGAAGAAGAAGAACCGGAGCUAAGCCCGACGCACGAAUUCGAGGAAGAUGUCGAAGUGGAUGAGUUGAUACGGCAAUAUCAGCAAGAGCAACUCCAAACGGUGAAGGAUGAUGAAUUUGUGGUCGAAGAUGCCGAGGACGAAGAAUAUGAGCGAUUGUUUAGAGAGAUGGAGAUCCUGUCUCAGCACUCGCAGCCUCUAUCGCAAAACCUACCGGCGUCUCAACCGCCACGACCGGAAAAUGAACGAGUCAUCGGUCAAACGAGUCUGCAUACAGCGCAGACUUCUCUUCCUGGCGAGCCUCCGCUGCCGCAGCAUGGGAACACAUUAAAUGAUGAAACGAUGGAUCUAUCUUGA